UCUUUAGUAAGUAUAUGUAUAUAUUACGUAUAAUUCUCGUAUGCUGUGAUGUAUAUGCAAUCUUAUGUGACAGAGGGGAUGCACAUUGGCGCAUGCGCAGUAGUAAUCAUAAGAUCCCCACCAUUUGUACAGGCUCAGUAUGAGCGGGGUCGUGGACGGUGUAGGUUGUGUGUGUUGUGUUGUCAUGUCCGAGUGUUCGGAUUUCUCACUGAAAUACAAGAUUCAUUUCUGUCUACGUACCUACGUGACUGUCGCUACAAGAAUCUUAGAGCUGAAUAACAACCCCCGGACGCACUUUAAAGUUUACACGGAAGCGGCCCCAUGCGGGCGCCGCUAUGAUGAUGAUGAACAUGAUCCUUUGGUAGUGUAGGACUAUACUCUGUAGCAUGUCUUGACAAGUGAGAGAGGACUUUCGGGUGUUUCGGCAGACAAGGGUUGUUGUUCUCGAAAAUGGCAGGCAGUCAUCAGGAGCAGUACACGGUGCCGCAACUCGCCCGGGUCUUCCACAGCCUGCCACACCUAAACGUCUCUCUUCAUUCGGUUAACAACACCUUCAACCUACACUCCGAAAUCUAUCUCGAGAGUCUAGGUAUCUUGGGAAGCAUCCCUGCGGCAUGGCUGAUCCUCACGCUGCUGGUGCUUUUGGUAUAUCUCGUGACGAGAUGCUGCGACCGGAAACCGCGACCGAGAAGAUCCAUUGCCCUGCUUAAAUGUUCUUUGGCCGUUUUGGCACUACUGUGCUGCGGCGCUGUCGCUGUUGGUCUAUAUGGUAACGACGACGUUCACAACGGCCUCGUGCAGCUGGUAGAAGCUGCCAAGCAAGUCGAAAGCAUCAUCAAGAAUGUAAGGAAUCAGACUGAUAUCAUCGAAGCUACCUUGAAGGAAAAGGUCCAGCCCGAUUUGACUGCUCUUAGAGAUGCGUUCGAUGACUAUACCACUAACAAGACUAUGCUGAUUGUACUUCUGGCUGCGCUCGAGAACAUGAAGCAGAAUAAUAGUAUUGCAGUUAACAGGAGCUUCGAGAUCAGACGACCUCUUAGUGGGAUUAGUCUUGCCGGUGCCAUAGAAAUGGGCGAGAAGAUUGAACAGCUUCGAUGGCCUAUAACGAUGGCUGUUCUCAGUGCUCUUCUGGUACUCUGCGUGGUUCUGCUGGUCGGAGUCGCGCGACAUUCGAGAUGCGCUUUGAUCACGUUCUCUGUGUUUGGCCUCUUCGCGGUUAUUGUUUCCUGGUUGAUGGCCUCCCUCUAUCUGGCAACUUCUGUGGCUCUUGGAGACCUUUGUGUCUCUCCGGAUGGUUAUCUCACCAGGGCUGUACCAUCUACACUGGCCUCCGAGGUGCUCUCUUACUACAUCCAUUGUGAGACCACACGGAACAAUCCAUUUACCCAGAUACUGCGCGAAGGACAUCGCGCCACGUCUAGUAUGCGUACAAAUUUGAAUAUCGUGACACGAUUAUCCGUGGAACUCUUCAAGGAUCAGCAGCUUCAACCCAAACUGAGUAGUUUACUGACCGAUGUCAGCAAUGUUGAUAGAUUUAUGUCAGCACUUAGCGCUCUUCUCGACUGCAAGCCGCUCCACAAGCAUUACGUUCACGCUGCCAAGAGUCUGUGCCAUCUAGGAUUGUACGGGUUGACUUUUAUGCUGUUGGCGAGUCUUGCUGCUGGCCUAUUCUUUACGGUUCUCGUAUGGGUCGAUUCCCAUACGUGGAUUUACAUUAGAAAACGAAGAGACUACCACCAAGUGAACGAGCAAGAUCCAUUCCUGCCACCGUCGGCGGCAUCUCAGGCGAUAGCGGCUAGGACUCUUCGAGGCCAAGGGUCGUACCCGCCUACAGCCCCCCCUCUUAAUCCGAAUGUUCAUGGCACUCAUAAUACCAUUAAGCAGCCCCUACUGUUAACGCCGCCUCCGCCAUCUUAUGCUACUGCGACCGCUCGAGCACGUCAGCUGCACGAGAGCAUGUUAAAAGGUGGGGGUGUUAACGGAGGAGGAGGAGUUGGGGAUCACAAAUCGGCUCAGCAUAAUCAGCAGUCGGCGAGUGGACGAGCUGAGCACCGUUCUGGGCUCGGAGAUCAACCUGGCCAGUACGCGACUCUGAGCAAGCAGUGCAAAACCCUUGAAUCUAGUGACUUUUACUGAGGGCACGCCCCCUCGGGUCCCGGUAGGGAGCCACCCUGGACACCAAGUGUGGCCUCCUUUACUGGCACCCUAUCAAAUAAUUCUCAUGGACCGGCGCAUCUGGCCACCUUCCAGGAUUCGAGGAAGACUCAAACCCUGGAUCCGAAGAACCUGGCAAAUCUUAAGAGAGGCCCUACACCAGCUUGGAAUCAAAAUCGGCCGUUACCGCCAAAUCCGACGAGUCAACCUACGUGGGAAUUCGAGUCUCGUUCUCAGACUAAUAUGAAUCAAUUCCGGUCUCUCGUCAGGAACAAGGCACCUAAUAUUCGUAUACAAGAUCAGAUGCAAGAUCAGGUUAGGACUCUGGAUAGAAAUUUUACGCGAGGCCAAUUUAACGGUACCGGACAGAAUAACGCGGUACCUAAUAUGUAUGGAACCUAUAAUAGGGCCCAGGCUAGACAAGAAAAGCCUGUAGUCGCCACCCUCGGUCAAGUACAGGGUAGCGAUCCUAACCUCUACGCUGUAACCGAGCUUUAGAGGGUGAUCGAUUAACCUGAAUUUGAAUCCGAAGGUACCGGUCACAUCGAUUAGAUCAUGCGAGAAUAAAUCGAGUAAAUGAGGAGGGGGCACACAAAUCUCGGACGAAAUAAAGUUGAGGUGCUAGAUUGACAAAGGGGAGAAAUAUAUAAGCUGAAACGGUGCGCACGCAAUUCAGUCAGUCGCGUGCCGUCGAGGAGGAAGACUUACGUGUAUAAAAGUGACAAGUUUGUGAUGAGUGAACGUAUUUCGGAUCCCCGUUUCUAUUCUUACUGAAGGGACAUGGCGAAUCGUCGAGUGGUAAAUACCAAAAGACACUUUUUUAUAUAUCUUUUACAGUACACAUAAACAUAAAGAUAGAUAGAUAAAUAGACAUAUAUAUAAAUAUAUAAAUAAUAUAUAUUUGUAUAUUUAUAUAUAUAACGAGAAAAAUCCUUAUAGAGGUAUUCAACAAUAUUUCUUUUUCUGUCGCGGGGAUGUAAACGAUUCGUACGUAGGUAACGAGAUAAAUCGCGUAUUCGAUAUUUAAUCGAAAUAAUAGUUGCGAUUAUGCUGCGACUGAUUGUCGUAGCUGCGAGGAGAAGUAAAGAGAAAAUGACCGUCGUUGAUUAAUAAUACAAGUCUUAUUUGACUACGUGAGACAUCAACGAGGUUAUUAUUAUAAAUAUAAAUAUAUAUUUCGAAGGAUAAAUAAUUCGGUUCACGGAUAACUGCCAAUACUCAGGCGUAAUACACGUUUUAAGUACAAAAUGGAAAAAAAUAUGCGACAAAAAGUGGGGUAACUCCUCGAAAUAGAAAAAGCAACACACGCAGUUCCGCGUUUGCGCGGUUUUUCGAUUCAUUUUUCUUCUUGUUUUUUAUACAAAAACACUACGUACACAAAACGAAAAAAAAAAUGUAAACAAAUUACAUUCAAUUCUAAAGCGCAUUAAAGACACUGUAGAACCAAAAAGGAGAGGUAAAUGAUAAAGGCAACAACGAUAAAACAAAGGAAACAACAACACAAAAUCGUAAGUGAAUAAUGCUGCUUUUUCAUUGCUCACGAAUUUAAAACUAAGCGAGUGCGUAGUAAACGUGUGUCUGGUGCGCAUGCGCAGCGUAAGAACGAACAUGAGAAAAAGCAAAGACAUUUACCCGUUAAAAGUGGCGCAGACGGGGUCGAUGAAAAUUACGAUCUUCAUGCCGAUGAAGUUUAAUCUUUAAACGCCACCCCAUAAUAAAUAUAAUAUAUAUUAUAAGUAUACGUUAAGGUUCGAUCAGCGACUUUUUCUUCGUUUCCACGUAACACAGUGUGAGAAUCCCGGAAGCGAAGAUGAAACCGUAGAUAACGAUGUAAACGGCCAAAACGCGUAUUUAUAUGUGCAUUUUUUUUACCCUUAAUUAAUGAAACUAUGAUUUUCCCUUUGCAACGAACCGAACGAAGAGAGUGGAAGAUAACUCCGAGAUAAAAGAAACCAAAAUAUAUAUAUAAACUAGCUCCGGGAUGACUCUACACUUUAGUGUAUUCGAAUCGUGCUCGCUAAUUUUCCCACUACUUUGUAUAUAUUUAAUAUAGUACGAUUUAACGGUAAUUGAGUAAACGUGUAAAGUGUGAUACUUUUAAUCUAAAUGUUGAUCGACUUUAAGAUUGCGCAAUUGAAUAUAGGUAUACAUGAAGAGGAGUAUAGAUAGUGAUAUCCCGUAUUUCAUGUUCAAUAUUUUUUUUUUUUUCGUUAAAUGAAUUUGUUUAGAAACUUUACACUCGUAGAUCUCAAGUAAAAGUAAAAACUAAGAUAAUUCCGCAAAUAUGACUGCCAUUCCCAUAAUGCAUUUACUUGGUUCUCCGUCCUGUUUCGAAAUCGUGACUUUUUUUGUUUCAUGAUAACAUCAUGUAAUCGAAUGAUGGACGAACUUUUAAGGUAAUUUUAAUCACUCGAAGGCGUUUUAUGAUUGUGAAGGAUUUGUUGCUUGCUUUUCUCAGUCGGUCACACAUCUGUAUAUACUUGUAAUAUUUAUUGUGUAAUGAGAAACAGGGCAAGAGAGAGGCGAGAAGACACAUACAAUAAAAUGAAUGUGGCAAUUAAAUAGGGACAGUUUAACGAGCUACUGAGCGAAUACGAAAAAGGAAAUAUAACAAACAAGAACUAUAUAAGUAUAAAUUAACUACACGAGCGCUAGCUUUGCACGUGAGGGGAGUCUUCUUCGUUUAAGUUUCUUUGUCUUCUUGUAUCUUGAGAGAAUUAGAAACGAACCCUCGAAGUCCCUGUAAAGAAAGGACGGUGUGCCCUUAGUUGGGCAAAGAAAUGCGAGAAAAUAGUAAAUCCAAAGGGGGGAUCAUUACGAGAGAAAACACUAGUGUCCUAGUCAGUAAAUAACGUUAUGUACUCUUGUGUCUAAAAAGAAAUUGUAUAAGCGCGAAGGUGAAUAACGAGAAGUAGAGCGGGAGAGUGUGCAGGGAGAGGAGAGGGAGUUUGAAAAAUAGGUAAUUGAAGAGAAGAAUGGGCAUAGAUAGAUAGGAAAAGUAAAGAAAGGGGUGUGAUGGGGGAUAAAUAAACACAAAAGAAUAAUUAGCAGAUACACGCGAGGGUGACAAAUAGGAAAUAAUGAAGGGAAUGUCUUCUUGCCAAAUUCAUGAUUAAUAAAAAGUGGCUCAAUAUACGGAUACAUAAAUAUAUAUAUAUAAUGUAUACACGAUGAUUCUAUGUAUGUACAUGAUUAAUCAUUUCGGCAUCGAAUUUCUCCGUUUGUUUUUAUUCCUCUAUUCAUACUCGACCAGUAAGAUCUGGAGCUCCCAUUGACUCCAUCAUUUUUUUUUCUUGUAUUUCCCUGUUGCUCAUUUCGGGUCAGCGUUUGCAAACAAAACUGGGAGAUUUCACUGAGAACACCAUUUUUGAAUCAUUCUAUUAAAAUUUAUUGAUCGUCGAAAUCAUAGUGCACAACGUCUCGGGCAUCACUUUUGUUUACAGAUGUCUAAAUAAUGUAUCGUUUCAGAUACGUAUAAGAGACUUUUGACAGAUAACGAAUUUUUUCGUUUCUGAUACGAUUUUAUUUAUAUCUAUCACAGUAUACCAAAGUGCAGUAUGUACGCAUGAUACUUUUUUUUUGGUAUACUCUGAUAAAUGAAUAUGUCACGUGAUUGCCAAAAAAUCGAUUUUCAUCGGUCGACACUGAAGACACGUGAGUUUGAAUUCAAUUUUCGCGCCUUGCACUGUCGCGAAAUGAUGACGAUAUUAAAAGAGAAGGAUAAGCCAAUAAUGCGGUAAAUCGCACGAAUAAGGAGAUGAAAAAUCUUACAAGAAUAAUAAACACACGGGAUCAAUAACAGUAUUCUGUCGUAUGUUGUACUCGUGUCAGGUGUACGAAAUUGUACAAGAAUCGCAUUAAAGAUAAUAUGACGUACCGCCAGCAGCCAGUUUAUCCACUGUCCGACACACAUAUUGUAUUAUCUGUACGUUUUAAAGACCACCCUUUUAAUAUAUCAAUAUAUACACUGUACACGUAAAAGGCCAUGCAAAUCCCAUGAGCCGCUCAGUACCACUGUGACACUCACGAUUCGUAGAGAAGUUAUCACUAGUUAGCCGAAAAGACAGCGUGAUGAGUGUACGGUGAAGUUAUAUGUAUAAUAAUGAUAGAAAAUGAACGAAACUGUGUGUCGUACCACGACGUAAUAGGAAUGUUCUUAAUCAUUGUUAAAUUCUAAUGAGACACAAGCGAAUAAUGCAUACCUAGAAUUUCUUAGUUGGAUGGUUGUUGGAGUGAGAAAUUUCGAAUUUUAAUAGUUUCUCAAUUUGUAAACUUAUUUAUAUAAAUAGAAAAGUGAACCUGGGACAUGCGACGAUUAAACCCCCGCCAUCUUCUCUUAAUAACGUAUAAGUACUAGAACGAUUCUUCUUUUUGCACGUGAUCUUUAUAUGAAUGUCAGUGAAAGUGCGAGAAAUUUGAUUUGAGUAUUGAUUUCUUUUUAGUUCUUUCCCUUUUCUUGCUUCUAUUUAAUUUCCCUGUAUUCUUGUGAUUUUUGUACGAGUACCCAAUGAGCGAUAAACAUAUGUACCGAAUGUUCUGCUAGCACUAGUUCCUAAGUUUCUUUUGGAUCAGCUGUUGAUCCUGAAGCAUUUGGCCUAUAGAAUAUUCGCUCUAACGGCAAUAGGUCUGAUUAUAGUGGUAUACAUUUUCGCUGUGGUACCUGUCAAUUUUUUAAUUUUCACCUUUAUCCUUUAGAGAACAUCCACUCCCUUCCUACGAGCGCAAGAGUGUGGAAAUGAGUGCGUGAUGAAUAACGAGAGAAAGACAUGAGAUUUAUUUACAAAAGUGCGUAGAGGCUAAACCGAAAAGCUAUGGAUAUGUAUGUAAGUUAAGAAUUUCUAAGACCUUUUUGUAUGCGUGACGUGCGUUAAGCUUUAAGUCCCUAGAAGUGAAUAUGAUGGAAUAUUAUUUGAAAAUUAUACAUCAAUUAUUAUUAUAAACGAAUAAGAGAUGAGAGACGAGGCGAGAUAAUGAUGAGGAUGAGACGGUGAAGAGGGCGAAAAGAAAAAAGAAUUUCUGUCCUUUUCAUCGAUAAUUAAUUUCUAUCGAAUUACGAUCGUGCAUGAUCGACGUACUCCAGACUUUAUUCCUCCUAUUAUAAUGGUACACGAAAUAUUAUGAAAAAGAGAAAUAAAGGUAUUAAUAAUG